UGUAGGCGUGCAUUACCACACCCAGCUCAUGUUUGUAUUUUUCGUAGGGACCCAGGGUCUCACUGUGUUGCCCAGGCUGGUCUCGAACUUCUGGGUAGCAGCCCUCCCUCCUCAGCCAGGAGUUUUUGCCAAGUCCAUGUCCUCCCUCCCUCUGUGUCGUGAGCAGGCCUGGAUGCUUGGCGUGGGGAUCUAGGGGUUCACAGGCUGUCUGUGGUCAUGGGUUGCCCAGGGGUGCAGAGUCUGCUGGAAGGUUGCGGUGGAGCCGGGGUUUUCCCUCCGUUCCCAGCCUGCAGCGUCAUGAGCCGCCUCCUGCACUGGGGUGCAGCCUGCGGUUGCUUUAGUUCUGUGUGGGCGAGAGCUUGUGGGCCCCAGUGUACUCAGGGCAUCCUGGUUGGUGCCCAGCCCCCUCACCUCACAGAGCCCCUGCAGCCCACCUCCAGGCCUCCGAGAUGACCCCGGUAAUGCUGUGGUGGCUCCUCGCCUUUGGGACAAGAUGACUCCGGCUCUUCUUGUUCAUUUCACCAGCCCUUUUCCUCAUGCAACUCUCACUUUUUUUUAGUGGAAGAUGAUCUUGCAAAACUGCUGCCAGGCACCAGCAGUGCACCCCCCGCGAGGCACUUGGCCUCCCAGCCACCAGCCGCCCUCCUCCCUCCCCUGACAGCCCUGCCCCUCUGCUGGGUGUCUCUGGUGCUGCUCAGAUGUUUCAGCAUCUGGGUGUGCGGAGUGAGGCGGGCAGUUUAAAGACUGGGACUCCACACUGGAGGCCCCGCAGGACGGGGUGUUCUGUGGCUGUGACCAGGCCCAUGGUGGCCGCCAUUGUGUUUUUAGCAUUGAAUCAGCCAUGCCCCUACCCGGGGCCCCUCCACCCUCAGCGAUGCAGCUCCCAGGGAAAGAGGCUGGAGGUGGAGCAGGCACCUUGCGGCCCUGGGUGGCCCUGGGUGUGACAUCCUCCCUGCCACCUGCUGGGCCGGGGUAUCGGGGACUGAUGCUUCUCAGGAGUGUCACACAGACUUCCGAAAUUGGGGGAGCUGGUCUCCAGCACAGGCCAGUACCCCAGCGCUUGCCCUGUCUGAUUUGAAGGGUGACAGAAAUGAGGAGGUCAGUGCUGUGGGCCAGGGUGUGCUGCGAGCACUGGAGAGCCGGCAGCCUGAGGGGCCCAGCCUCAGAUACCUCCUCCCCAUCAUGGCCAAGGUCGUGGUCCUCAGCCCGGGCACCCUCCAGGAGGACCAGGCCACCCUGCUCAGCAAGCGGCUGGUUGACUGGCUGCGCUAUGCUAGCCUCCAGCAAGGGCUCCCGCACUCCAGCAGCUUCUUCUCCACGCCCAGGGCCCGGCAGCCUCGGCCCCUCCACCCACCCCCGCCUGUCCUUCCCGCAGCCGGGCCCCAUCACCGAGGUGGACGGGGCAGUGGCCACAGACUUCUUCACGGUGCUCUCCACCGGCCACCGCUUCACGGAGGACCAGUGGCUGAACGUGCAGGCCUUCUCCAUGCUGCGGGCGUGGCUGCUGCACAGUGGCCCUGAGGGCCUGGGCAUCCUGGACACAGAUGACAGGUCAGAGCAGGAGGGCUCCACGCUGUCGGUGAUCUCCGCCACCUCCUCCGCCGGCCGCCUGCUGCCGCCCCGGGAGCGGCUUCGGGAGGUGGCCUUUGAGUACUGCCAGCGCCUCAUUGAGCAGAGUAACCGACGGGCCCUGAGGAAGGGGGACUCCGACCUGCAGAAAGCUUGCCUGGUGGAGGCUGUGCUGGUGCUGGACGUGCUGUGCCGGCAGGACCCGUCCUUCCUGUACCGAAGCCUCUCCUGCCUGAAGACCCUGCACGGGCGGGUGCGCGGGGACCCGGCCUCUGUGCGGGUGCUGCUGCCCCUUGCCCGCUUCUUCCUGAGCCAUGGGGAGGCAGCUGCAGUGGACUCGGAAGCUGUCUACCAGCACCUGUUCACCAGGAUCCCGUUGGAGCAGUUCCACAGCCCCAUGCUGGCCUUUGAGUUCGUCCAGUUCUGCAGGGACAACCUCCACCUGUUUGGCGGGCACCUCGGCACCCUCAGAUUGAGCUUCCCCAACCUCUUCAAGUUCCUGGCCUGGAACAGCCCACCUCUCACCUCCGAGUUUGUGGCACUCCUCCCGGCCCUGGUGGACGCCGGCACGGCCCUGGAGAUGCUACAUGCGCUGCUGGACCUGCCCUGCUUGACGGCGGUGCUGGACCUGCAGCUCAGGUCAUUGCCGGCUUCAUCCGAGAGGCCACUCUGGGACACCUCUCUCAGGGCCCCCAGCUGCCUGGAAGCCUUCCGGGACCCCAAGUUCCAGGGUCUUUUCCAAUACCUGCUGCGCCCCAAGGCCAGUGGCGCCACCGAGAGGUUGGUGCCGCUCUACCAGCUGUUGCAGCCUAUGGCCGGCUGCGCCCGCGUGGCCCAGUGUGCCGAGGCCGUGCCCACGCUGCUGCAGACGUUCUUCUCAGCGGUGACCCAGGUGGCUGACGGGGCCCUGAUCAACCAGCUGGCGCUGCUGCUCCUGGGCAGGAGCGACUCACUCUAUCCGGCCCCGGGGUACGCGGCCCGUGUACACAGUGUGCUGAGCUCCCAGUUCCUGGCCCUGUGUACGCUGAAGCCCUCCCUGGUGGUGGAGCUGGCAAGAGACCUGCUGGAGUUCCUGGGCAGCGUGAACGGCCUCCGCAGCAGGGCGAGCCUCGUCACAAGCGUGGUGUCCCCCCAAGGUGGUCACUGCGCUGAUGACCACACUGACGAAGCUGGCCUCCCGGAGCCAAGACCUGAUCCCCAGGUGCCUGGUCGGGGAGGGAGAGAAGCCUCCUGGCUUUCCUGGGGAAGAGACGUGGCUUCUGAGGUCUUCCCGUCCAGAUGUCUUGAAAUGAUGGCAGCAGCGCAGGGCCUCUCUGUUGCUGUCAAAGAUGAGGACCCUGACUCAGAGUCCAGCCACCAGCUCCAUGCACAGCAAGGAGGGUGCGGAAGCCAUCUGCACCCGGGCCACGGAGCUGCUGACCCUGCUGAAGAUGCCCAGUGUGGCCCAGUUUGUGCUCACACCCAGCACGGAGGUGUGCAGCCCCCGAUAUCACCGCGAUGUCAACACGGCCCUGCCCCUGGCCUUGCGCACGGUCAGCCGGCUGGUGGAGAGGGAGGCCGGCCUCCUGCCGGGAUGAAGGGACAGCGGCCAGGGACGCCGGUGCAGAUGAAGAGGGUGAGGGAGUCUUGGGAGAGGAGGCAAGGCCCAGGGUGGGCUUGGCACCCUCAGAGACCCAUGGGGCUGGCCCCUGCUCACCCUCUGGGCUUUGUCUCCGAGCCUUUCUCUCCCAGGCAACGCUGAGCUGAGCUGAGCUGAGCUGAGGGGAGCCAUGGAGCGGCUCUGAUUGGAGGCUGAGGCUCUGAUUGGAGGCUGAGGCCCUGUGGCCAGGCUGGGUGGAGGCUGCUGGGGCUGUUUCCUAGUCUUUGUUUUUGGACAGUUUAGGGGCAGAAAGAGCUGCAGUAAAAAUAAAUGCCUUUAAUAAGCA